AUGGCCGAGGACUCGAUUGAAACCGCCUUCCAGGCAGCCAUCGACUCGGGCAAGAUCAACGGUGCCAUCAUAUGCAGCACCGACAGCCACGGUAACUUCACAUACAACGAAGCACUUGGCGAACGAACUCUCCUUUCCGGAGAGAAAAAGGCUGAACAACUCGACGAUGUGUGCUGUCUUGCCUCUGCGACCAAACUCAUCACCACCAUCGCCGCCCUCCAGUGCGUCGAGGACGGCCUGCUCACCCUCACAGGCGACCUCUCUUCGAUCGCACCCGAACUGGCGUCGAAACAAGUAAUCACCGGCUUCUCCGAUGACGGUGAACCGGAGCUUGAACCCGCCAAGCAACCCAUAACCCUGGAAAUGCUUCUGACGCACUCAUCCGGGAUAACGUACCACUUCACAAACCCCCUAGUUGCGCGCUGGGUGAAGAACUUCGGCCAAACCCAAGGCCCCGGUUAUCAAUACACGGUGGAGGACCUGUUCAACUACCCUCUCUCGUUCCAGCCAGGCUCAAGCUGGAUGUACGGCCCUGGACUCGACUGGGCAGGACGGAUCGUGGAGCGUGUCACGGGCAAGACUCUCUCGGAGCGCAUGCAGGACCGCAUAUUCAUCCCGUUAGGAAUCACAGACGCUCAGUUCUACCCAGUCAUACGCGAAGACCUGCGUGCCCGCAUGCCCGACUUGAAUCCCCAUGAUCUCGAGGGACGAGGUCUCGCAGUCCUCGGCAGUGCGUCAUCUGACGCAGACAUGCGCACCAACAAGGGCGAUUUCGGCGGACAUGGUCUUUUCAUGACCACUCCGGACUACCUCAAAGUCAUGCGCUCGGUGCUGGCUAAUGACGGCAAGAUCCUCAAGCCGGAGACCGUGAACGAUAUGUUCCACCCGCGGCAUCUGUCCGCGGGAGCCACCGAGGGCAUCGAGGGUGCGUUUGCCGGGCCCAUAGGCAUGUUCUUCCGCUGCGGUAUCUCGGCGGAUACCAAGGCUACCUACUCUUUAGGCGGACUUCUCACCCUGGAAGAUGUAGAAGGGUGGUAUGGCGAGGGCACGCUCACUUGGGGUGGCGGACUGACGUUUGCGUGGUUCAUCGACCGCAAGAACGAUGUAUGUGCCGCGGGAGCCAUCAAUGCUGCGCCCCCCGUCGACAUGGCUACCGUCUCCAAUCUGAAGGAUACAUUUCGACAUGACGUCUAUCGCAAGCGUGCGGCGUGGCAGAAGCAGCAAGGGGUUUGA